AUGAAGACUUUCUUGGUAUUGUGUGGACUUGCAGCCCUGAUGCAGGUGGCUCACUCUCAAUGCCUGCCAGUAGCCUACAGCCUCCCAGCCGCAGCACCAGCUCCUCUGGUGCUCCCCGCGCCAGCCCCCGCAUGUCCUUCGGCAGGCAUCUGCCCUGCGCUCGCAGCCGUAGCCCCAGCCCUCCCUGUCCUCGCCCCAGCAUUAGCCAACACUCUCUCAGCAUCUAUUGCAGCAACUUUGCCUCCUCUUCUUGAAAGUGCGUUGCCGACUCUACUGACCUCAGCAUUAUCAGCUGCUGGACCUUUGCUGGAAGCUGCGUUGCCUUGUGGAUGUGGCCUACCCGCCCCAAUGGCGCUACCUGCACCACUGGCUUUACCAGCUCCUGCGCCCUGCGCUAGUUUAGCCUAUGCUGCACCAUUGGCCCCUCCACCAAUGUAUGCCGCCCCGUGUGCGUACUCAGCACCGACCACUUGUUUCUGCUACUAA